CGAGCAAUCAUACUUAUAUUUGUUGUGUACCCCUUCAUGCCGAUAUCAAAAUACACUUUUAGUUUUAAAUUUAACAUUAACAUGACACAAGAUAAAAAAGAACUAUUGUUCUUUCCUCAGAUCUGAAUAGAUCUCAUGUAAUUUUAACAUCUGAUCAAAUUUCAUUGCUAAGAAAUCUAUUUAUUUCAUCAUACGGUAGAGUUAAGAGGGUAAUUCAAAAAUUCAAAGUGUGAGAGGAUUAAGGCGCCAGUGGCAAUGGAACCGGAGAGUAGCCGGCACACUUGCCUGAAGCUGGAAAUUACGAGCAGCGGCGCGGCGGAUCUGGAACGCAUCUUCGUCAAAGGAACCUGGUUCACCUCCCACUUCGACCUCUCCAUCUCCAAUGGCCUCGACGCCUGGAUUUGCAGCGCCUCGGAGGAAGAGGUUGAAGAGAGAGCUUCUCAAUGGGACCAGCCGGUUUCAGAAUACAUCGAAAUGGCGGAGAAAUACCUAGGGUUUCAACAGCCCGGUUCGGUCUACGGGUUCUCUGAUGCAGGUGUUGGCCACAGAAGAUUGUCAUGGACAUUUGAGAAGGAAGGAACAAAGCUGGAGGGGCGGUGGAAAUGCCAACCAUCACCUGAUACUAAGAAAACUACAGCUGACAUCUUGGAUUUUCUCAUGGAUUCAAACAUACAACUGAGUGAGGAAGUUCUGAGCAAGACACAGGCUUUUGAAAAACUGGAAUCUGAAGCUGAAAAAUGUUUAGCUCAAAGUGAGAGACUUGCCAAAGAGAAGGAAGAAUUUGAAGCCGGAUUAUAUACAAAGUUUCUUGGAGUGUUGAAUUCGAAAAAAGCAAAGCUAAGAGAGCUGCGCGAUAGACUUCCAAAUGAAGCAACUGGUAACAAGCGAGUGCAAGAAGAGGAGGAAGAAGGGUCGAGUGACAGAACCCAGACGUCUGACGAGGAAUAACAGAGUAAGAAGUACAAACUACAUUUUCAGGGCUGUAAAAUUAGAAUAGAGCUCUUUUGCCACC